AUGGAGGAGGAGGAGGAGGAGGAGGUGGAGGAUACCGAGGAGGUGGAGGAUACCGAGGAGGUUACAGGGGAGGCGGGGGUUAUGGAGGGGGAGGUGGAGGUUAUGGAGGCGGAGGCUACAGAGGUGGAGGAGUACUUCCUGGAAGACUGCAUCCAGAUGACCAACUUUGUCCCUCCUCCUGCCGACCGCAAGAAGAAGGACAAAGACGAGGAGGGAGGAGACAACGAUACCAACUGUAACGUGAUCUGCGGCCCCGAGUACACGGCGGAGACCAAGAGCUCCAUGGCUCAGAUCAACGAGAAGGAGACGUCGUUCGAGCUGGUGGAGGCGCUGCUGCGCUACAUCGAGACGCUGCAGGUGGCCGGGGCCGUGCUCGUCUUCCUGCCCGGCUGGAACCUCAUCUACUCCAUGCAGAGGCACCUGGAGAUGAACCCGCACUUCGGAAGUAGCCGCUACCGCAUCCUGCCGCUGCACUCGCAGAUUCCCCGAGAGGAGCAGCGCCGGGUUUUCGAGCCCGUCCCCGACAACGUCACCAAGGUGAUUCUGUCCACCAACAUCGCAGAGACCAGCAUCACCAUCAACGACGUCGUCUACGUCAUCGACUCCUGCAAGCAGAAGGUGAAGCUGUUCACGUCCCACAACAACAUGACCAACUACGCCACCGUCUGGGCCUCCAAGACCAACCUGGAGCAGAGGAAGGGCCGAGCCGGCCGCGUCCGCCCCGGGUUCUGCUUCCACCUCUGCAGCCGCGCACGAUUCGAGAGGCUGGAGACUCACAUGAUGCCGGAGAUCUUCAGGACGCCGCUGCACGAAGUGGCUCUGAGCAUCAAGCUGCUGCGGCUCGGCGCCAUUGGACACUUCCUGUCCAAAGCCAUCGAGCCGCCGCCGCUGGACGCCGUCAUCGAGGCCGAGCACACACUGAGAGAACUGGACGCUCUGGACUCCAACGACGAGCUCACUCCUCUGGGUCGGAUCCUCGCCCGGCUGCCCAUCGAACCUCGACUGGGCAAGAUGAUGAUCAUGGGCUGCAUCUUCCAUGUUGGAGACGCCGUGUGCACCAUCUCAGCAGCUUCUUGUUUCCCCGAGCCGUUCAUCAACGAGGGGAAACGCCUCGGGUUCGUCCACAGGAACUUCGCCGGCAGCAGGUUCUCGGACCACGUGGCCCUGCUGUCCGUCUUCCAGGCCUGGGACGAAGUCAGGAUAAACGGCGAGGAGGCGGAGACUCGCUUCUGCGAACACAAACGCCUGAACAUGUCAACACUCAGGAUGACCUGGGAGGCCAAAGUCCAGCUGAAGGAGAUCCUGGUCAACUCUGGAUUCCCUGAAGAGUGCCUGAUGACUCAGGUGUUCAACGCGGUGGGACCGGACAACAACCUGGAUGUGGUGAUUUCCCUGCUGACCUUUGGCUCUUAUCCCAACGUCUGCUACCACAAGGAGAAGAGGAAGAUCCUGACCACCGAGGGCCGCAACGCCCUCAUCCACAAAUCCUCCGUCAACUGCCCGUUCAGCAGCCACGACAUGACCUACCCGUCACCUUUCUUCGUCUUCGGCGAGAAGAUUCGAACCCGGGCGAUCUCGGCUAAAGGCAUGACGCUGGUCAGCCCUCUGCAGCUGCUGCUGUUCGCCUGCAAGAAGAUUUCCUCCAGCGGAGACGUGGUGGAGCUGGACGACUGGAUCAAACUGAAGAUUUCCCACGAGGUGGCGGGCUGCAUCGCGACUCUGCGGGCCGCCAUGGAGGCUCUGGUGGUGGAAGUGACCAAAGACCCAGAAUACAUCCAGCAGCUGGACACGACCAACGGACGCCUGCUCAACCUGAUCAGACAGAUCUCCAAACCCUCAGCAGCCGGACUCAACCUGAUGGCCAGCAACCCCCGGUUCGGAGACGGCCCUCGUCCUCCAAAGAUGCCUCGCUUUGACGGAGGAGGAGGAGGAGGGGGAGGUUACCGAGGAGGAGGAGGAUACCGAGGAGGAGGAGGAGGUUACAGGGGAGGCGGGGGUUAUGGAGGGGGAGGUGGAGGUUAUGGAGGCGGAGGCUACAGAGGUGGAGGGUACCGUGGAGGAGGGGGGUAUGGAGGUGGAGGAUACAGGGGAGGAGGCGGCUACAGAGGAGGAGGAGGAGGAGGUUAUGGAGGAGGGGGUGGAGGUUAUGGAGGAGGGGGUGGGGGCUACAGAGGAGGCUACGGGGGUGGGGGUGGGUACAGAGGAGGAGGAGGCUAUCGAGGAGGAGGAGGAGGAGGGUACUGACCUGUGUUUGGAUUCGUCUUGUGAUCAGGGAUGUCCAGAUCGGCACGGGAACAUCAUUUUCCGUUUGGUGAUUUGUUCAUGUGUCACACAAAUUGUAGACAAAUGUUUAACGUAGUUCAGUCCACAUUCACUUGACUGCAUUUAUAGAGAGGAGACUGAUUUAGCUUUUUUGUUAAUGUUGUGCAGAAACCAGUUGUAAUGUCUUUACCAGCCACAGUGACUCAAAUCUCUAAAGUCUGUUAACACAUGAAGCUGUGCCAAGUCUUUCAAACUGAAAAGGAAAAUGUGUGUCAACACUCAAGACCAACAUGCACAAUAAGAACAGACUGUGGCUCAGACAGCAGCUUUCUGCUAAAGGUUGAACAUUUAUUCCAGCAGCAUCAUCAUCAGCUGUUUGACAGUAGAGGUCAGAGGUCAGGCUUGGAGACAUGUUGAGAAAUCUGAUCCUGUUUCUGUUAGUUAACAUUUAUUUAUGUGUUGUUAAUGUCUACCUGCAGAAACCACCUGCAACAUUCAGUCAAUAUUUGUAGAUAUGCCCAUCAUGGCCUGUGUUGAUAUUGAUUUGACUGUAUUUUGUUGAUUUUCAUCAACCAGGAACUGUUUUCAUCAUCAAUAAAUAUUUUCAUUU